GGGGGGUGGUGGGGGGCCGGGGGGGGGCGGACGGAUGGAGAGUUGCGGGUUCUACACCCACGAGAGACUGCGGGCGUGCAGUUAGCCCAUAGACGAGCCUCCUCCUUCUCUCCCUACUUCAUCUCGUCCCAAACAAGUGGAUUUCCGAGACUCGCGAAGUGGGACUUUAUUUAGACCGGUGCCGCCGACUGACUAGGACCCCCCCCCCCCCCCCCCUCCACCCUCCACACACACUUCCUGAUUUCCUGUGCCCGGUGGAUGCCUCCGAACUCCAGCCAUGGGAGAAUGGACCAUCCUGGAGCGCCUCCUGGAGGCCGCCGUGCAGCAGCACUCGACUAUGAUCGGAAGGAUCCUGCUGACUGUAGUGGUCAUCUUCCGCAUCCUGAUCGUGGCCAUCGUCGGCGAGACCGUCUAUGAGGACGAGCAGACCAUGUUCGUCUGCAACACCCUGCAGCCAGGCUGCAACCAGGCCUGCUACGACAAGGCCUUCCCCAUCUCCCACAUCCGCUACUGGGUCUUCCAGAUCAUCCUGGUGUGCACGCCCAGCCUCUGCUUCAUCACCUACUCCGUCCACCAGUCGGCCAAGCAGAAAGACCGCCGCUACUCCUUCCUCUACCCCAUCAUGGAGAGGGACUACGGGGGAAGGGAAGGGACGCGGAAGAUCCGCAACAUCAACGGGAUUCUGGUGCAGCACGGCGGCGGCGGCGACGGCGGCGGCGGGGGGAAGGAGGAAGCCGACUGCCUGGAGGUGAAGGAGAUCCCCAACGCGCCGCGGGGCCUCACCCACGGGAAGAGCUCCAAGGUUCGCCGGCAGGAAGGGAUCUCCCGCUUUUACAUCAUCCAGGUGGUGUUCAGAAACGCGCUGGAGAUCGGCUUCCUGGCGGGCCAGUACUUCCUGUACGGCUUCAGCGUGCCGGGGAUUUUCGAGUGCGACCGCUACCCGUGUCUGAAGGAGGUGGAGUGCUACGUGUCCCGUCCCACGGAGAAAACGGUUUUCCUGGUCUUCAUGUUCGCGGUGAGCGGCAUCUGCGUGGUGCUCAACCUGGCGGAGCUCAACCACCUGGGCUGGCGCAAGAUCAAGGCCGCCAUCAGGGGCGUGCAGGCCCGCAGGAAGUCCAUCUGCGAGAUCCGGAAGAAGGACAUGGCGCAUCUGUCCCAGCCGCCCAACCUGGGCCGCACGCAGUCCAGCGAGUCCGCCUACGUCUGACGACGAGGAGAAGAAGAGAAGGAGGAGGAGGGAGGAAGGAGGAGGAAGAGGAGGAGUGGGGUGAAUGAGCGAGACACAGAGUUACCUAGUUAUGAUUUUAAUUGAAUGAAGACGGCGUAAAGACGCCCCCGUCCUCUGCGAAGAGAUGAAUGAGACAGAAUGUAAAAAGACGAAACCCGCCGGCUCUUCGAAGAAGGAGGAACAUUAAAAAGCAUAAAGGGGAAAAAAGAAUUCUAUUGAAUGAACUUGAUGAACGGGAGAAGCUCCUACUGCCAUUUUAUACUUUUGUCUUUUCCUUUUUUUUUUAAAUAAUUACCUUCUCCUUUGCCCCUCGUUUAUUUCAAUGCGGGGAACUAAAUCCUCAAGGGGCCGGAGAGGGAACGAGAAGAUGAGAAGAUGAGACGAAUGGAGCGGGAAACAGACGAGAGGCUGUUUUUUUGUAUAUUCUUCCGGGGGGGCUAUUGGACGAUGACGGCGGCGCUUGAUGCAUCACGCGGUGCUUUUCUAUCUCGAUGAAAUGAAAGAGGACGAGAUGAGGAAGAUGAGCAGCAGCGUCAUUAAAAGAGGAACGGAAGAACUGUCGAGGCCACGCGGGGUUCGUGGAGGGAAGAAGGCGAGCUCGAGAAGGUGUGAAAACACACGAUCCACCUGGAGGGGGGAGGGGGGGGGGGGGAAGUUCUUCCUUCCCUGGAGACUCGUGGGACAAAGAGCUGCGUCCGAUCAGCGUCCCCCGAGCCAGAGCCCGGAGGAAAAGACUGACGAUGUUUAUGUUUUGUCUCUUGGCAAAAGAUGAUUUUAACACAAACACGGCGAAGCACCAUAAACACUCCCCCUCCUCCCUCGCUCUCUCUGCCGGGCGCUUGGCAGCUAAACGGAGGGGGGGGGGGGAGGAGAGGGAGGAGGGGGGGGGGUCUUCUGACGACAGUGAUGACUCUUACUUCUGCGUAAACUUUGGAGAGGAACCUAACGAACAAACGGGCAACGCCAGACUCUCCGGAAGCACAAACCGAACUUCCCUCCUCGCCAGCUGAGAGGAGAGAGAGAGAGAGAGGAACACAUCACUUUAUUACAAAUUUUAUAAAAGUAUGAGUCAUCACCAUUUGUUCUGAUUUUUUUUUUUUCAGAGAAAGCAAUGGUGCCAUCCUUGAGAUAUUUAAUUAUAGUUGAAAAGUGACAUAGAUUAUAUCAUAGAAAUAUUAUUUAUCCAUUUAGAAUUUAUCCAAAUAGAUUUAUAUAUAUAUAUAUAUUGGCGUGCGGGUUGGUUGGAACAUCAUGUUGAUGUUUUUUUUCCAAAUGUAUAAACUGUCUGUCAUUUUUUUUUUCUUCAUUUUUGUUUAUUUUAAAGCAUUCCUCCGCAUUGGGACUGUUUGAUGGCGCGUGCAGCUGUUUGAUGGCGCGUGCAGGUCGCGAAGCGACGGGUUUGUCAGCUCUGUUCCGAAAUAUCGAGGCUGUGCAGCUGAUUUUCUUUUCUUUCUUUUUUUUUUACGUGCAAUUAUUUAAGAAAUCUUCGCUGCAACUGUGGCUUGUACACGUUCAAAAUGCAAAACAACGCGUCUCUGUGCGUUUUCCACAGAGAGCCUUCUUCACAGUCAGCUGCGCAGCUUCGGGCGCCGGCGGCCCGCGAGCCGCUUGGAGAAAGGCAUGUUUACACGACGCGAUGUUUCUUGAAUGACGGAGCCGAUGAGCAGCGUCUCCCCCCCCCCCCGGGACUGUCGUGUUUUUUUGGAAUCUCGGGUGGUUUUCAUUUAGCGUUUCCCUCCCUGACGGGGAUUUUCAGCAUGCAUGCCUUGUAAAGAGAGGAGAACGCCACGAAAGCAAAAAGAUAAAGAUGACAGAGAGCGUUGCACCUUUGAUCAAUGCAGACGAGUGGGAGAGUGGCAGACUGAAGGGACACUGCCUCAUCCAAAAAAAAACAGGGAAACCAGACAUAGGGACCGAUUCAGUGCACCACACGUGAUGCUUCACCUCGCGGCGGUUCAUGCCUCGGUUUGGUCAGAGGAGAAAGCCACGAAUGCGUCUUACACCAGGUCUGAGCACACUGCAGCGCGUCCGUGUUCUGACCUCUGUGGCCUUCAGCAGCUCCACGCAGCAGCUCCACGCCGCCGCGUUGGAGAGGCCGACUCUCACCGCGUCGGUAUGGAGCCUGUCUACUUUCACUCAGUCCUGCGUUCCCUCAGCCCUCCCUCAUUCCUGUGGCUCCUCCGUGCCACGUUCCUUCAGCCACACUUUCCCAUCCCUUCGUUUCAAGCGCUCCAGUGUUUUCUCCUAAACCCGACGACACCUCAAUCUUGUGCUUCUUCUCCUCUGUCUUUGGUCCCACUGUCCCUCAGGCCCAUGUCCCCUCAGUUCUGUGUUCCCUAACUUGGCUUACCUGCUUUUGCUUCAAUUAAUGAUUUCCCACAACGCCUUCGGUCAUCUCCUUGGUAGAUUUGGUAUCUAUAGUCAACCAGAAUACUCUACGAAUAAUUAAGCAAAAUAAAAUGCACCACAUUGCAAAUGUGUUGGCCAGGUUUUCAGCGCCGCUUUCACCAAACAUGACGUUUUACAGGGAAUGUAGAAUCUUUGCGUUCACUAUUCUCUGCCUUGUCAUCACGUAGCAUCUUGGCUAGCGGGAAGAAUCCACCCCCCCCCCCCCUCAGCCUCCCUUUUCCCCUGUCAUAAUCUCUGUGGUUCCUACAGGGGAUUCUCCCCAGAUUUAGACUCCUCGGAGCAGGUCGGUGGGCCGAAUGUGCUAGAAAGGCUAGAAGUAGAGAUCCAGCUAUGAGUUCCCUCGGCCGCGUUUCUAGCGACGGGCUUAAGCGGCGACCUUGAGCUUUGCAGGCCCGAGUCCUGUGCGCAGCUCGGGCUGAACAUUCGAUCCCCGCGCAGCGCAGGUCAACGGCGGUGAGAGGCCUAUUUUCAUACACGCAAUCCAUCCUAGGGGAAAGAAAGAAAACACACGACGCAUCUGGACGUGAGAAGCGUCGGUUUGGAUUCAGUUGUUAUGUCUGGUUUCCUUCAGGUGAGAAACACACACGUACACACGCGGCGCGAUGAACAUGUCCUGCUUCUCUUCGGUUUACAUUCAUCCAGCGUUCAUUAGCGACUCACAACUCGGCUGCAGAGAACCGGCCGGAGUUCUUCCGACAGUCUUCUGCUCUCCGCAGUCUGCUUUUCUAUUCGUCAAUGUGAAAUGAAUUAUGCAACUUUAGUUUUUUCUUAUUUGCUUUUUUUUUUUUUUCUGACUUGUGGAUUCAUUUGUUGUCUGUUGCUAUGUUUGUGCAGUGACAUAUCGAGAAAAAAAAAAAAGAAAGAUGUUUUUGCUUUUUUCUAUCUAAGGGAACAAAACGUUUUUAGUUUUUUUCAAAGUGUAAAAUCAAGGGCAGAAUGUUGAAAUAUAAGACUAGCAGAAAAACAUGUUAUAUUUCCGCCCUUGCUAAAGUGAUAUGCAAAAAUGAAUUCAUUUUCAAAGAUUUUCUAACUGCAUGUGUAAUGGCUAGAAAAAGCAUGUUUCUAUAUUUUCUUCAGCAGAAUCUUCAAUGAGAGACGUUUUUUUGGGGGGAGUUUUGUCCAAUCUACGAAGCGAAGCUACAUCACGUCUCGAUGCCAAGUGUGUACAUUACUUAUUACUUAGUCGGUCCUUCAGACGCUGCGGAGCCAGACGAAACCAGCUCAGUGACGUUACAACUUCCUAUCACAGCUCACCACUCUCAGUCGAAACUCCCGAAAGAUUUUGAAAACAACAACGUAUGCUAAAUCUUCUACUUUAAGAAAUUUGCACAAGAAUAUAUAUAUAUAUAUAUAUAUAUAAAUAUAUAUACGUACCUUUAUAAUCUGUUGUAGAAGACGAUUUAUAAGCCAAUCGGUCACGUGAUUACUGUAAAACACAGGGUACAGCGGAGUAUAACCGUACAGGUCAGACGCCAGAACAUUCCAGGGUUUAGUCCCCCAGCACAAUGUGUGCGUCACGGCCUCUUUGUGUGUCUCCAUGUGACGGAGUCCUCAGCGGAGCUGCUUGGGGACACGUGGUUUGGGGGGUGGGGGGGUCGAUCGGUACACUGACAGCAGACUCAGGAAAGAAAAACAAUGCUGAUCUUUUACAACCAGUCUUUUCUAGUUCCUGCAUUAGAACACGCUCUCAGAGACGCACGUCGCCGCGCUUUCCUUCCACCGUCCUUACCUUGUACUGUAAAAGGAAGAAAAACGUCUUCAGGCCGGAUCAUUUACCUGUUGGUGCUAUUGAGGUCGGACUGCGUCAACCAAACACCACGUCCCCCCCCCCCCGUUCCUCAGUGCUGCCCCACGUAGCGCAGGUCAUGUAGCACAACGCAGAUCUCCUCCAGGAAAUGACGAAUCCGCAAAAGGUCGACGGGCCUCGUUGGCGAAGGAUUUGAUUCCUCAGGAAUGCAGCUUCGUUCAUCAACACAGACGCUCAGCGAACUGCCACUUUGCUCCUUGUACUGCCAAAAAGAGGUUACGUUUAAUCUAGUAAUCACGUUAUGCAGCCAACACAAAGGGCUCCUCCGUGGCCCUCCGGCCAGAUUUGGACAGUCGUGGGCUCCUUACUCAUUAAAAUACUAAAAGCCAUAGUUUUUAAGAAAAAAAAGCUCCUCGACGCUGCACAUUAUCUUGAAUACAAUGCGCACUCAUGAGAAAAGAUUAAUCACAUUAACAUGUAGUCGAUUUAGCGAUCAAUUUUAGCAUUUAAAUUGAAAACCCCUUGUUUCUAAUGAAAAGCGUUUCAUUGUUGAACGAGAAAUUUUAAAGCUCCUUUCAUCCAGAUGUUCGGCUUCAAUUUUCAUGUAAAAAAAAAAUGAAAUGUUCCCUCCUCCCCUUCCUCCUCUUCCUCCCCCCUCUGGCCCGGUGUGACACUGGUGCUGCCGCACAGCGCGGCCAGAUCACGACCGUUUCACGGUUCAGAGAAGCAGCCCUCAACCUCUCCCUAAUCUGUCAUGAUAUCACGACGUCAGUCGUGAUUACUUUGUCUAAUUACGCUGAGUGGCAGAUACAGACAGGGUGGGAUUGAAAACCGCCAUCCGGAUUUGACCAAAUAGCCGCCGUGCAUCUCUUUCUCUCUCUCUCUCGCGCGCGCUCGCUCGCCCUGCGGUCGUGGAUGCGCUGAGAUGAGAUUUAGCUGCCGGUCGUGGCUCUAAAAUGCAUUGUUGAUGUUCAAAGCGGAGAUUGAAGAUGGAAACAGGUGACCUGAUCCCACACCAGGUCACCUGUUCGUCAGCCGUAUGGGAGGCCCCAUGCUGCAGUGAGGGGAGUGUGGGAGCAGGGUCAAGUUUAGCCAAUAUUUGGCAUCCUAUAGUGGGGAAUUAAUAUAUAUAUAGGGAUCCGAAAAGGGGAAAGUAGUCAAAUAUCUUAGCCCUAGAAACUUGUCUUUCUUCAGCAUAGCUUCUACUGUGACAUCUGCACGGAUGCAAAAGACUGAAAACACCCAAACUCACACACACGCUUUGUAAUCGUCAUCUGCUGCAUCGGACUGCAGAUUCUAUGGUCGUACCUGACGGACCUUCGCUUGAGGUUCAAUGUAUAUUUUUGACUGGUGUACUGUAUGUAAAGACUGAAUAAAACCUUGAAUGUUACAUAAUGCCUGAA